AUGUCCGCUGUCUUAAGGUGCCUUAUUUUGGCGCUCUGUGUCAGCGCGCACCGACUUUUGGCAGAUCCCCGGUUAGACGACGUCCAUGAAUCCGCUGACAGCGCCUCGACCCUGGCCUUUGUCUUUGAUGUAACCGGCUCCAUGUACGACGAUCUCAAACAGGUGAUCGACGGAGCCUCACGGAUUCUGGAAAAGACUCUGAGCCGGAGGACCAGACCAAUCAAAAACUUUGUCCUAGUCCCCUUCCAUGAUCCAGAUAUUGGACCUGUUUCCAUUACUACUGACCCGAAAAAAUUCCAGAAGGAUCUCCAAGAGCUGUUUGUCCAGGGAGGCGGCGAUUGUCCUGAGAUGAGUGUAGGAGCCAUAAAGAAAGCUCUGGAGGUAUCUUUGCCAGGAUCCUUCAUUUACGUCUUUACGGACGCCAGGGCCAAAGACUAUCGCCUCAAACGGGAUGUCUUGCGGCUCAUCCAGCUACGCCAGUCACAGGUGGUGUUCGUUCUGACGGGGGACUGUGGGGACCGGUCCCAGCCUGGAUACAGGGCCUACGAGGAGAUCGCUGCCACUUCUUCGGGACAGAUUUUUCACUUGGACAAGCAGCAGGUCAAUGAGGUUUUAAAAUGGGUUGAGGAGACAGUCCAGGCCAUGAAAGUCCACCUGCUUUCGUCUAACCAUGACAGUGCUCAGGAGAAUAGAUGGGACGUGCCCAUUGAUCCCAGUCUCAGAGAGGUCACAGUGUCGCUCAGUGGACCAGCACCGCAGAUUGAGCUCAGCGACCCUUUCGGCCGUGUAAUCGGUGAGGAGGAAGGACUUACAGAACUCUUAAACAUCCCUAACUCUGCUCGAAUUGUCAAUCUUAAAUUUCCCCGACCUGGCACAUGGAAUCUAAAGGUGAGCUGUAGCGGUCGACACACCCUUAGAGUCACAGGUGUCAGUAAUCUAGACUUCCGAGCCGGCUUUUCAAGCAGCCCGGUCUCUGAGUUUAACCACACAAGAGAACGACCAAUAAAAGGCCUUCCUGUGUAUGUCCUGUUGAAAUGCACUGGCCUGAAACCACCAGGUCAACUCAGCCAUGUGGAGCUGGUCUCUGGCUCGGGGCGCUCUUUACGGACUAUCCCCGUACCACUGCCCUCCGACCUCGGUGAACAAGGACUUUGGAGCAUCCCGGAAAUCCGCACCCCCACACAGAGCUUCUUUAUAAAGGCCACUGGUAAAGAUGAGGAGGGCUACCGUUUUCAGCGCCUGUCCAGUGUCUCCUACACCAACAUUAUCCCAGAUCCCCCAGUCGUGCGCAUGUCUGACGUGGUGAAGGGCUUUUACAUGCUGCCUGCGGUCAUUACCUGCUCAGUGGAGAGUGACAUACCCUACAGACUGAGGUUUACCAGAAGUGGGAUAGCCCUGGGAGAGGAAACGGUCUAUCAAAAUUCUGCAGUGGCAUCAUGGGAGAUUAGUCAUGCUUCAGCCGAAGAUGAAGGCCUAUAUGAGUGUAUAGCACAGAGCAGCGCUGGACAGGCACGAGCCUUAACACAACUGACAGUUAGAGAGCCUCCCCCGAUCCUGAAGCCUGCAGUCAAUGUGACUUCUGCAGUGGGGGGAGUGGCGGUCCUGUCCUGUCGGGUUGAGGGGUCCAUGCGACACAACUUGACUUGGUUACGAGCGGGUCGUACCAUCCGAGCCCGUACGGGGAGGGUGAGGGUGCUACCAGACCAUUCACUACACAUCAGUGGAGUACAGCCUCACGACGCAGGAGUGUACCAAUGUGUCGCCAGCAAUUCCAAUGGAAACGCUAAGAUCACUGUGUGGCUGCUAGUCCCAGAGGCUCCUUCUGUGGAGGUGCACCCCCAGAGUCAGGUUUUCUCCAGAGGGGAUGACAUCCGCCUCGUCUGCUCUGCGUCCGGCUCCCCCCCUCCCCAGCUCUUCUGGAGCCAUGGAAACAUAUUCCUCAGUAAUCGGCCGAGAUUGAAUAUCAACAGGAAUGGAGUUUUGACCAUCAGAGGGGCCCUUCCAGAGGAUGCUGGAAACUAUUCAUGUGUUGCAACUAAUGAGGCUGGAAGUAGCUCUCAUUCAGUGUUACUGGUGUAUGCAGAGGUUCCCAGGAUCAGCGUAGUAGAGCAGAAUAUCAUUGUGUCAGUUGGAGGAGAUGCCACCCUUGAGUGUCAGACUAGUGGCGUUCCCUCCCCACUUGUUCACUGGUACAAAGGUGAGCUGGACAUGAGCUCUGCACCUUUUGUGGAGCAGGAUGAACAGCGCGGGACACUACACAUUCGGGGGGUACAGGAAGUUGAUGCUGGACAAUACACGUGUGUGGCCAGCAACUCGGCCGGAACAUCCACUGGCACAGUCACACUUGUGGUUGGGAUGCCUCCCUUGUUUUCUGAAGCACCGGCGGACAUGACAGCCAAAGUGGGGGAGAACAUUACCCUCUCCUGUGCUGCUCGGGGCGUCCCACAGCCCACAGUCACCUGGUAUAGAGCAGACAGCAAACCGCUUCUUACCAAUCCCCAAAGUAGGACAAAGCUUUUGGAGAAUGGGCAACUUCAAAUCCACAGUGUCUGGCUGGACCAUGAAGGAGUGUAUAUCUGCGAAGCCAAGAAUCAGUUUGGCGUUAUCAAAGCUGAGGCCAGAGUUAGCGUCACUGGACUGGAACCCCCUCUACUUGCUCACGUUGCCCCUGUUACUACUACAACCAUUGGCCAGUCUCUUAGUCUCCCUUGUAUGCUACUUGAUGGGAUACCUCUUCCUGUGCGGCAUUGGACCCAUAAUGGAAAGCCUAUCAGGCUUAGUGGAAGAGUGUUUGUGCGCAGUGAUGGCAGUUUAUACAUCGAGAGAGCUUCUUCUGAGGAUGCUGGGAUCUAUGUGUGUACUGCUGUCAAUGUAGCAGGCUCAACAAACGUCACAGUUACCGUGGACAUUCAUGUACCACCAGAGAUAAGCACUGGCCCAUACCACUACAUCGCCAAUGAAGGGAGAGCCAUUACACUGUCAUGUGAGGCAAGCGGAGUCCCUAAACCAACCAUUGUGUGGACCAAGGGAAGACAACCUUUGCCUAGGGACCACUCUUCUCUGCGGCCCAAUUCAGAUGGAGACCUUUUCAUCCCUCACCCCACAGCUGAGGAUGCAGGACUGUACAUCUGCACUGCCACCAGCUCUGUGGGUUAUGCCAGCCGCGAGGUCCAGCUUAGUGUCAACACUCUGCCCCGGAUAAUGGGAGUGAGUGGUCACAACAACACAGUGAAGAUGGCUGUGGAAGUAGGGACAGAGGUUGUCCUGCCCUGCGAGGCCAAGGGCAGUCCAUCCCCACUGGUCAUAUGGAGGAGGAACGGGAACCCCAUUCCACCGGUCACAGCUGGGUUCACAGUGUUGCCUUCAGGGUCCCUGAAGAUCACUGAUGUGCGUCUGAUUGACAGUAAACUAUACACAUGCACUGCAGAAAACCCAGCAGGAAAUGUGUCGCUGAGCUACAAUCUACACAUUCAAGCAAAGCCCAGGAUCCAGCCUGCACCAUCGCUCCUAAAGGCAAUUAUUGGCCAGACAGUGACCCUGCCCUGUGUGGUUCAGGGAGAGCCCAGCCCUGAGGUCAGCUGGUUUCACAAUGGAGUCCCUGUAGGGGUCAAGAACACUGUCCCCCUGAGGAUCCAACAGGUCAAACUUUCUGACAGGGGCACCUAUCAGUGUGUGGCCAAAAAUAGUGCGGGACAAGAGACCAUGGAGAUUAAGCUGGAAAUUCUCGAGGCCCCAUCUUUCGUCGAACCUGGAGAUGCCAUCAUGGAGAAAGUAGCUAACAGCCGUGUCAUCAUUCCUUGCCAUGCAGAAGGUUCACCUUCUCCAAGGAUUCGCUGGUUCAAAAACGGACUGGAGAUACACCCUGAAUUCUCUGAGUUUUCUGUGGCGAGGGAUGGCUCUCUUAUAAUUAGCACAGCGUCUGCCAGCCACAGCGGGGACUUCAAAUGUGUUGCAACAAAUGAAGCAGGCUCUGUGGAGAGGAAGACUAGACUGAAAGUGAAUGUUCCCCCAGAGAUUCAGGAUGAUGGGCAGUCACUGAACCUCACGGUCACCCUGAGGCAGCCCCUGACUUUGGGUUGUGAUGCGUUUGGAAUCCCCUCUCCAACGAUUACAUGGUCAAAGGAUGGUCGUCCUGUGGACAGUCCCGGAGUUUAUCUACAAAAUGGAAACCGACUCCUCCGAAUCUUCAGAGUUCAGCCUGAACAUGCCGGCCGUUUCCUGUGCUCAGCUCAGAACCCUGCAGGAGAGGCUCGGCGAGAGUAUAAUAUAGUGGUUCAAGCACCUCCAGAGAUCUCUGGGACAUCCAGACUGCAGGAGCUGUCCGUUGUCCUGGGACAGGAGGUGGAGUUUCAGUGCAGAGUCAGUGGACGACCUGCUCCUAAAGUUGAAUGGAGUCGUGAUGGAGAAGUUUUAUCCCCCGAUGGAGACCCUCAUGUGGAGUUUUUGGAGAAUGGCCAGGUUUUAAAGGUCAAGUCUGUUCGUCUGAGGGACCAGGGACAGUACCAGUGUUUGGCUAGCAACAACGCAGGGACACAGAUGCGGCAGUUCAGAUUAACCGUACAUGCCCCUCCGGCCAUUAAAGGGCCCAGUGAGACCACAGAUGUGUCAGUGGUGCUUGGUUUCUCUACGGUCCUUCCCUGUGAUGUGGAGGGCUCUCCUCCACCCACCAUCACCUGGCUGAAGGACAACCAGCCCAUUGUGUCCAGUCCUCAGCUCACAUACACUCGAGGAGGCCAGGCCCUGAGGCUGGGCUCAGCCAUAGGAGAGAGCACCGGACUAUACACCUGUAGAGCAUCGAACCCAGCUGGGACUGCCACUAAACACUAUUCACUCAGUGUGCUGGUUCCACCACAGAUUGAGGGGUCAUCAUCCUUAUUUGGAGUUCAGGCAGAAAAAGUCAGAAUCAAUGGGAGCUUAACACUGUCUUGUUUGGCCAAAGGUUUCCCUGAACCUAAAGUCCAGUGGUUCAAAGAUGGACAGUUGCUCACUGGAAACGUUCAUGCUGGGAUACAAGAGAAAGGACAUGUCCUUCACAUACUGAAGGCUGUACUGUCUCAUGAGGGGCAGUACACUUGUGUGGUCACUAACUCAGCAGGAGAGGACAGAAGAGAUUUUAAUGUCAUUAUUCAAGUUCCUCCAAUCUUCCAACGAGUGAACAACAGAGAAGCUGCGUGGGGUUUUGGACACGAUGAGGAUGAUGUCAGUGAUGAGAUGGUCGAAAAACGUGAAGUGGUCCUGGGCCAUACCAUUAGUCUGUCAUGUGAAAGUAAUGCCAUUCCUCCGCCCCAAAUCAGCUGGUACAAAGAUGGGCAAAAACUCACCUCUGCUGAUGGCAUUCUGCUACUGCCAGGGGGGCAGAUGCUACAAAUUGGCCGUGUGCAGAAGGAAGACGCUGGAAAGUACACAUGUGAGGCUGUGAACGAGGCAGGCCAAGAUCACAUGCAUUUUAAACUUGAGGUCCUUGUGCCUCCUUUAAUCACCGCCACAGAAGAAUUUAUGGAGGAAGUUGGUGCAGUGGUCAAUAGCACAGUCAUCCUCCACUGUGAUGUGAGCGGACAUCCUACCCCUUCUGUUGCCUGGUUACGAGAUGGGAAGGCUGUGCACACAGACCUGCAGCACCAGAUAAGUGAAGAUGGGACUCAACUCAAGCUUCUUCAGGUUCAAGCUUCAGACAUGGCUGGCUAUUUAUGUGUAGCCAAAAAUAAGGUUGGAACUGUGGAGAAACUUUUCAGUUUGACUGUUCAAGUUCCUCCCAGAGUCAUGGGUCCAAAAGAAGAGGAUGUAAAUGUCAUCAAAGGCCACAUGGUGUCACUCCUGUGUGAUGUUCAGGCUUACCCCGCUGCAGAAAUCACCUGGACCAGAGAUGGGCAGGUCCUGAAGUAUGGUAAUGGCCUUAACAUUCUUCCAGGUGGACAAAUGCUGCAGUUGUCCCGAGCUAAAGAAGAAGAUGCUGGGCAGUAUGUCUGCACAGCCACUAACCCAGCAGGACAAGAUCAAAAGAGUAUUCUUCUCAGUGUUUAUGUCCUACCCACUCUAAAACCUCGCCCUGGUGGAGAGAUUGUGACACUGCAGGUUGGCUCCUCUGUCACACUUCAGUGUGAAGCUAAUGGGGUCCCCACACCUGAGGUCACAUGGUACAAAAAUGGACUCCAGUUGGUACCCGGGAAUGGAUUAAAUAUAAAUGAUCACCAGCUGGAAAUCACAGGAGUACAGGUAGCUGAUAGUGGUACUUACACUUGUAAAGUCUCCAAUGUGGCUGGACAGGUGGACAGGACCUUUAGAGUGACUGUUCAUGUUCCUCCUGUCCUGGAUGGGCCUCUCUGGGAGUCCAUUAACUACACUCUGGGCUCUCAUAUCGCUCUCCUUUGUGAGGCUUCAGGUGUCCCUAUGCCAAGCACUACCUGGCUAAAAGAUGGAACCCCAAUUGAGAGCAGUUUGCAGUGGCAGUGGUCCAUUCGUGGGAACAGACUGGAGUUGGGGCCGCUCACUCUGUCCCAUGCAGGAACAUACACCUGUGUGGCCAAGAACAGUGAAGGACAGACACAAAGAGAGUACAAACUCACAGUGCUUGUGUCUCCUUCUAUCAUUGAUUCUCAACACCCCUCUGAUGUGAGUGCACCACUCGGGCAGGAGCUUACCCUGGAGUGCAAAGCUAAUGGCAUCCCUUCUCCUCAAAUUAGCUGGCUCAAAGAUGGAGUGACCUUAGCAGGCUCAGAAACACAACAUAUACAUAUGACCCCUGAUGGAAGCACAUUGACUUUACUGAGGCUGAGUGCUGAAGACUCUGGGACAUACACAUGUUUAGCCAUUAGUCCAUCUGGCCAGGACAGUAAAAUAUACACUUUAUUUGUACUAGUCCCACCAUCUAUUUCUGGUGAAACCACUGUGCCCAGAGAGGUACAGGCCCCUCAGGACAGUGCUGUGAGCCUGGAGUGCCAUGCAGUAGGAAACCCUCCUCCACAGAUCAGCUGGCUCAAGAAUGGACGACCUCUGCUCCUGUCUCCUCGCUCUCGUCUCCUCUCGGGUGACUCUAUCCUCAGGAUUUCACCAGUGCAGCUGUCUGAUUCAGGAGUUUACACAUGUAUAGCCCGCAGUCGAGCCGGGCUUGCUGAGCUCAGCUAUGACGUGCAAGUCCAAGUGCCCCCUGGUGUUGACCAUGUGGAACCGGUGGAGCCUGUUACAGUUGUACAGGGGUCUUUAGUGACAUUAACCUGUGAGGCUCGUGGGGUGCCUCCUCCGACACUCACAUGGUUUAAGGAUGGACAGCCUUUGUCUCUUCACCGUAACCUUCUGCUGGACGGACAGGAGACCCGACUGCAGCUGCCUGAUGUGGCCCCUGGAGAUGCCGGUCUCUACAGCUGUGUAGCCAGUAACCAGGCAGGGAGCAGCACCAAGGGCUUCAACCUCACAGUGCUUGAGCCCCCACGGAUUUCCAGCUCGAGCCCAGAAGAGCUGAUGUUAGCAGUGAACAGUGUCCUAGAGCUGCAGUGCUCUGCUGUGGGAAACCCACCUCCCACACUCAGCUGGCUUAAAGAUGGAAACCCCCUGGAGAGAACGGACAUUGUUCAGGAGAACGGACGCUUUGUCAGGAUAAGCAAAGUACAGAUUGAAGAUGCUGGCCUGUACACAUGUCUAGCGAGCAGCCUGGCUGGACAAGAUGGCAAAAACCACUGGGUCCGCAUUCAAGUCCCUCCAACUCUUCUUAGCUCUGGGGAUGUAAGAACAAUGACUGUCCCAGUAAAAGGACAUCUGACCCUUGAGUGUUUGGUUGACAGCAACCCCCCUCCUAAAAUUGAGUGGUACAAGGAUGAUGCCAAAAUGCAGUUAGGUGGGCGCAUCCAGGGGCUGGCAGGAGGUCAGUAUCUGGAGAUCCAGGAAGUUCGACUUGAAGACAGUGGCCACUAUAGCUGUGUGGUCACCAACAUGGCAGGAAGCACCAGUCUGUUUUUCACAGUAGAGAUUUUGUUACCUCCAGUAAUAAAGGAGGGCAGUUCAGUAGUGACUGCACAUGUCAAUCAGGAUGCACUUCUACUGUGUGAAGUUCAAGGUGACUCUACUCCCACUGUCAUGUGGAGAAAAGAUGGCUUUCCUCUGCCUCAGGACAGUGCAAAGUUCUCUCAGUCACCACAGGGAUCUUUGCGUAUACAUAAAGUCCAAAUAAGUGACUCUGGACGGUACUUCUGCACUGUGUCAAAUCAGGCAGGCUCAGAUCACAGAGGAAUAGAUUUAAAAGUGUUUGUUGGUCCAACAAUCAGCCCUGGGCCGUUUAAUGUAACAGCAACCACAGGAGUCAGAGCUGUACUGAGCUGUGAGACCACUGGUAUACCACCCCCUAAAGUGUCCUGGAAGAGGAAUGGUGCCCCACUGGAUAUCAGCCAGUAUCCUGAUCAAUACAGGUUGCUUACUUCUGGCUCUUUGGUUAUCCUGUCUCCAACCAGUGGGGAUGAGGGCUACUUUGAAUGCACUGCCAUAAAUGAAGCUGGGGAGGAGAGAAGAGUCAUUGAGGUCAUUCUCCAAGUCCCUCCAUCUAUUGAGGAUGACACAACUACCAUCACAGCAGUUAAACUAGCUCCUGUGGUGCUACCAUGUAAUGUACAAGGACGUCCACAGCCCACAGUCACCUGGACUAAAGGUGGAGUUAAACUAGGCUCCAGAGGAGGAAGUCAUCGAGUUUUACCAUCUGGUGUCCUGGAGAUAACGUCUGCCACACCAAGUCAUGCUGGCAGAUACACUUGUUCCGCUCGAAACCCUGCUGGAGUGGCACAUAAGCACAUCUCUGUCAUUGUGCAGGAGCCUCCGGAGAUCAGGCCAAUGGCAGAAGAAGUGCAAGUGGUUUUGAAUCACGGGACUGUUCUACUAUGUGAGGCUCAAGGCUUCCCCAGACCCUCUAUCACUUGGCAAAGGGAAGGUGUACCCAUUACAGCAGGGCAUAGACUGGCAGUGCUGUCAAAUGGAGCUCUGAAGUUCUCCCGUGUAACACUCGGUGAUGCAGGGACCUACCAGUGUCUGGCUAAGAAUGAAGCUGGUUUAGCUGUGGGCCGAACAAGACUAGUCCUUCAAGUUCCUCCGGUGCUGAGUGUGCCCCGUGUGGAGUACAGUGCGGUGCUAGGCCAGCCAAUUAGUCUGGAGUGUGUAGCGGACGGGCAGCCUCAGCCUGAGGUCUCGUGGCAGAAAGAGAAAAGGCCUGUGGUGGAUGGGGCUCAUGUCCGUAUUUUUGCAAAUGGAACUCUAUCUAUUCCAUCUUCCCAGCGCAGUGAUGCUGGCCUCUACACCUGCACUGCCAAAAAUUUAGCCGGCAGAGCUAGCCAUGACAUUAGGCUAAUUAUUCAAGUGCCCCCAGUGAUUGCUCGUGCCCAGACAGAGCUAUCAGUAAUUCAAGGAUUUCAGGCCCUGCUGCCCUGUGCUGCCCAAGGCUCACCUGAGCCCAGAGUCUCAUGGGAGAAAGAUGGGACCGUUGUCCCCAUUCGUCCAGGCAAAUUCACUGUCCUGCGGUCUGGAGAGCUGAUUAUUGAACGGGCAGAGCUCGGGGAUGCUGGAGUGUUUACGUGUGUGGCUACUAAUGUGGCAGGGUCAGUGAGACAGGACGUUCACCUGUCCAUCAAUAUGAGACCAGCCUUUAAGGAGCUCCCAGGAGACAUGAGCCUGAAUAAGGGUCAAAACCUGAGUCUGUCCUGCCACGCUCAGGGAACACCGUCUCCUGUCAUCUCCUGGACCGUCAACAACAGUCCCAUUGCAGGUGUUAAAUCUGAUGAAUCAGGCAGGAGCUCACUGCUCAUCAAAAAUGUGACAAUGAAAGAUGCUGGAACCUAUGUGUGCAUCGCAGAAAACAUUGUGGGCUCCAUUCGGGCUCUCUCAUUUGUGCGCAUUAGAGAACCUCCAGUAUUGAAGGGUGAGGCCCACAUGACUCAAACAGUGGUCCAGGGUGGCUCUGCGCUGCUGGACUGUCCCAUUCAUGGUGACCCCAGCCCGGUCCUCCGCUGGCUGAGAGACACAAAGCCUCUGCUCCGAUCAUUACGCAUGCAGACACUUCUCAAUGGAUCCUUGGUCAUUUACAGCAUCACUGCUGCAGAUGAAGGAGAGUACCAGUGUGUGGCUGAGAGUGAAGCUGGAACUGCUGAAAGGACUAUUUCACUCAAAGUUCAAAUAAAUGGAGGCUACUCUAACUGGGAGGACUGGGGCCCAUGUAGCAGCACAUGUGGACAAGGAUUUCAAGAACGAAUUCGACUCUGCAACAACCCUGAGCCAGCAAAUGGAGGCAGGUCCUGCAGUGGUCCCAGUAUAGACACAAGGAAAUGUCAAGUUGGUCUCUGUCCAGGUGAGAGUCCUCGCAAGACUAGGGGUAGCUUGAUAGGGAUGGUAAAUGAGAGGGAAUUUGGUGUGUCCUUCCUGGAGGCUAACAUCACAGACCAUGAAGAAGAAGAGAGCAGUAGUAUACAGGCCCGCCUAGAAAACAUCCCUCCUAGUGUCGGUCCUUUGCUGCGAGUGUUAGUUUCUGUGUUUGCUCCCAUUUACUGGACCACAGUGUUACAAAAUGGAGGAACGCAGAAUGGCUACUCUUUCACUCAAGGACACUUCAGACAGGAGUCGCAACUAGAAUUUGAGACUGGAGAGAUUCUCCGUUUGACCCAUGUUGCCAGAGGUGUGGAUCCUGAAGGCGUUUUACUAAUUGAUAUAGUAAUUAAUGGAUAUGUCCCUCCUUUGCUAUCAUCACAUGUGAACCUGCAGGAGUUUGAUGAGUCCUAUGUGCAGACAGGCCAAGGGCAGCUGUACUCCUGGUCAUCCCAAACUCACCAAAGGGGGGGAAAUCCCUUGGUGCUGCGUUGUAACCAUACAAUUAUUUAUGAGGGCCCAGAGGAGCGCCAAGGCCCACUGCUCCAGCUGCUGAAAAUUUCUGGGCUUAAUAGUGUCUAUGAUAUGUUCACUCUAACACUGGACUUUCGCAUGAAUGCAAACCUCAUCAUACCAGAAGGAAAUGGAGAAACAUGCCCCAAAGGAUUUAUCAUUGACCAGGCAUCCUUCUGUGCUGAUGAGGACGAAUGUGCCCUGCAGUCCCCCUGCUCACAUUCAUGUAACAAUAUCAUGGGAGGCUUUACCUGUGCAUGUCCUUCAGGAUUCACCAUCUCUACAGAGACCAACACAUGCCAAGAUAUUGAUGAGUGCGCCCAGGGCUCCCAUAUGUGCCAUUUCAACCAGCAGUGCGUUAACACAGUGGGCACUUACCGCUGCCAAGCCAAAUGUGGACCAGGAUUCAAGCCCAGCCUCACAGGGGCAAGCUGCGAAGAUGUUGACGAGUGCCAGGAGUCUGCCCUCUCUCCGUGCCAGCACCAGUGUGUGAAUACUCUUGGUUCAUAUCAUUGCGUUUGCCAUCCUGGUUAUCAGCAGUCAGGACAUCGCUGCCUGGAUAUAAAUGAAUGCAUGAGGAACGUCUGCCCAGCUCAUCAGCAGUGUCGAAACACUGAAGGAGGCUACCAGUGCUUUGACAGUUGUCCUUCUGGAAUGACUACAGCUGAGAACGGGGCCUGUGUGGAUAUUGAUGAGUGUCAGGAUGGAAGCCACAUGUGUCGGUACACUCAGAUCUGCCAGAAUACAAUCGGAGGAUAUGGCUGUGUGUGCCCACGUGGUUACAGAUCCCAGGGAGUUGGUCUGCCUUGCCUUGAUAUUGAUGAAUGUAUUCAGACUCCAAACCCGUGUGCGUAUCAGUGCCGUAAUGUGCCGGGCAGCUUCAGGUGCCUGUGCCCGCCUGGGACAGUCCUGCUGGGCGAUGGCCGCUCUUGUGCAGGGCUCGAAAGAGGACAUGCUUUUACCAAUGGCACCAGAGUACGAGCGAGGAUUAGACCACAGCUAGUGUCCUCUGUAGGCAGGCCCAUCCUCUCCAGAUCUACAGGGGUAUCCCGCAUCACCAGGCAGAGUUGCCCCGUGGGACACACCUACAGAGACGGGACCUGUGUUGAUAUUGAUGAGUGCCUCAGAAAGCCAUGUCAGCAUGAGUGUCACAACACCAUCGGUAGCUUCCAGUGUCUUUGUCCUCCUGGUUACAAACUCUUACCCAAUGGCAGGACGUGUAAAGACAUUGACGAGUGUUUGGAGCAGGGCAUUAAGUGUGAUCAAAAUCAAAUGUGCUUUAAUACCCGAGGAGGAUAUCAGUGCUUAGAUACACCCUGCCCUGCAGCCUACCAGAGAGGAGGAAGCCCAGGGACAUGCUACAGGUCCUGUACACAUGACUGCUCCACAGAAGGCUCCCCUCAGCGGCUGCAGUACAAACUCCUCACUCUUCCCUCCGGAAUACCAUCCAAUCACAAUGUGGUGCGGUUAUCAGCCUUUUCUGAGUCGGGAAUCCUCCAGGACCGCACUUCUUUUACCAUACUGGAGCAGGAGACAGAGAGCGGGCAGAUGGGCAGCAGAGUUUUUGGCAUAAGGGACGAAUCAGGGAGAGGAAUUAUUUUCACGCUGCGCACUCUGGACAGACCCGGGCUAGUGAGGCUCAAAGUUCAAGCCACAACCAUCUCACCACAGGGACGCAUCAGCUACCAGAGUAUCUUCAUCAUCUACAUUUCCAUCUCCACAUAUCCCUACUAAGCCUCUGGACUAAAACUGAGUUUCAAAUAACUGAGGAGACUUGGACAAAGCUUUGGCAACAUCUGAUGAACUAAUAAUGCAUAUUCAGUGCAAAACGUCAUGUUACAGUGUACUUUGUAUCCUUACUUAACAUGGUUUUUGAGAUUUACUGAGCACUGAAUUGAGCAACUAAAUAAAAUGGACAAAAUACAGAAUUUUUCAUCAGAUUUGUAACAAAGUAAGGUGCACCCAAAGAGCAGAGACACCAAGCAAGUUGCUGGCACAAUUUUACUCUCCCUAGAUUCAGAUUCAUUAAUUGUUUAUUUACUGAAUAAAGUUUGUACUAUCUUUUUUCAGAACUUAACAAUUGAUUAAUUCACACUGAAGUUCACCGGUGCACUUUUCUGGUGGGGAGCCACCGCCUGCUGUUCCACAGUAUGGCAUUAUUCUGCUUUCUAGCAUUUAUUCAAAAACUCCUGUUUUUAUUCCUCAAAAAUAAUUCGAUAAACAUACAUUCUUAAUGCGAGAGGGCUUGCCUCUAUGUUUAAUACUGUAGUGUGGAUCAUUUUAGGCAAAGAGACAAGCAGGCGGGGAUCAUCUAAUAGAAAGUUACAUAGUGCACUUUUAAACAUGUUCUAAAUGUGCAUAGAAUCUUUUCACAACACUGCAAAGAAUCAACUUUUAAAAGAAUGGCAAAGGCAAGAUUUGAAAUAUCUGAACAAUGUUUUAUACCAAAUGCAGUAUGUGUUUUUUUCAGUGUUUAUUUAUUUAUGUCCUCUAAACAGCAGAGAAACUUCCUGUCAGAACAGGUUAGAGUCCGGUAUGAACUUGGGAUGGCACAUGCAAUGGCUUGUAGCUAUUAAGCUGUUAGUGUUGUAUAAAUGUAAGAGCAGAUAUUUAGUCUGUAUGUGGUUUUGUACUUCUUUUUUAUACCGGUUUAUAACAGUGUUUAAAUGGGUGUUGUACUGAAUGUACUGGAUGUCGCUGAUGCCGCUCACUUUAUAUUGUAAUGAUUGCAUUUUUAUUGUGAC